AGUGUGUGUGUGUGUAAAUGGAAAGAGAGAGAGGAGUUUCAGAGUGUGCUCUCUCUCUCUCUCUCUUUUUUUUUGGGAAAGUCAGUCAGUUUCUUCUCGAUUGAUCGAUAUGGGUCACAAGCAUUCACAUCACGAAAAGAAGAAUAAAAAAGAUGAACGAAAUAAUAAUAGGGAAUAUCGAUCGGCUGUGUUGUUGGAUGAUGGUUCGUUUUCAAGCCAGGAACUUGCAUUACGACCUGUGAUGCCAGAAUCCACACCAUCAGUCGCUGUACCAGCCAAACCUCCACCACUUCGUCCGUCUACACAAUCAGUUUCCAGUACGGAUCCUCGUCCUCCGAUUCCGCCAAGAAGAUCAGAAUCCAAUUUGGUACCUCCGCCAAUUCCACAUCAUUCCGGUAACAUUUCGCGGCAUCCAUCAGCAACUUCUACAAAAAGUGUUCCAAAUGGAGCUUCAUUUUCUCCUCGACCAGUUUCAAAAACACAUUCACAUCAUGGCUCAGCAAAGUGCUCACAUUCAGAACCUGAAGAGAAAAUGCUCAUUGUGGAGAACCGCUUCUUGGCACAGACUCCGAAAGAAAUGAGUGUCGAGGAGGGAGAUGUACUCUAUCUUAUUGAGCAGAGCAACCGAGAAUGGUGGUACGUGGCAAGUAAGUCCCGACAAUUCAAAGGUUUUGUCCCAAAAUCCCAUGUGGUCUAUGCCGAAUACCGAGAGCCAUGGUUCGCUGGAAAUAUAUCAUCAAUUCUGGCAGAACAGAGGGUCAUGCAACCGCAACUACCAAUCGGAUCUUUUUUGAUUCGGGAAAAUUCGAAAACCGACACAUUUGUGCUAGUUGUCAGAAGUUCUCAUAACGAGUCACCACAAGCUUAUAUCAUCUACCGACGACCGAAUCAAGAAGGCUUUGAAAUUAGAGAUAAUCAUAGACCGGCGGUUAUUCAUUUCGGAUCACUUCAUCAAUUGGUAAACCAUUAUAGUUGCGAAAAAGUACCUGGAGAAAUUCAAAUCUGCACAAAGCUCACAAAAGCUGCUCCACCACUGCCCGAGCAAACCGAGUACAUGGCAAUGAAGAAGAUUCAUGUCAACAGAAGUGAAGUGAGAAGAGUCAAAGAAAUUGGAAGAGGACAAUUCGGAGAAGUGUACCUUGCGAAGUGGAAGGGAGUGGAUGUUGCUGUGAAGUCGUUGAAACCAGAUCACUCUGAACAAUUGGCAAAUACGCAGUUUUUAGAAGAAGCAAAAACGCUGACAAAACUUUCUCAUCAAAAUGUCAUCCAUCUACUCGCAGUCUGUGACACCGACAAACCAUACCUAAUUAUCACCGAAUUUAUGACCAACGGAUCCUUAUUAGCGUGGCUACAAAAGCUCACAAAAACUCUUCCACCAAUUCCCCUGAUGAGUGAAGAGACCGGAAGAAAGAAUGUUUUGAUUGGAGCGAGUAUCUCUGCGCAGGUGGCUUCCGGUAUGGAUUACCUAUCGGCAAAUAAGAUUGUUCAUCGAGAUUUGGCCGCAAGAAAUGUUCUUGUUGGAACAGUUUCGUCAAAUGGAGUGCCUCUUGUGAAAGUUGCGGAUUUUGGUUUGGCACGAAAAACAGACGUUGGAGAUGAGAAUUAUGUGAUGAAAACUGAUAAUAUGUUGCCGUGGAAAUGGAUGGCGCCUGAGUGUUUUGAUGAACAGAUUUUCAACACAAAAACCGACGUCUGGUCGUACGGAAUUCUUCUCUGGGAGAUUGGAACUCUUGGAAAAACACCAUAUCGAGGAUGGGAUUACGAGGGAACACUUGAACAUCUGUCACGUGGAUAUGUGCUGCCACGUCCUGAACUGGUUCCGGAUUACGUGUACGAGGAUGCGUUCAAAAUUUGUGUCCACCUGGAUCCGCGGCGCCGUCCGACGUUCGAUCGAUUGUUCAAGUAUUUUGAUGAGAUCAACUGUGAAAGUCUCUCAUCACAGCGUUUCACCUCAUCUCGUCACUGAUUCUCAUAUUUAUCCCUAAUUUUUUUUUGCAAACUUGCAAAGUUUUCACUGGUUUUUGUGUGUGUGUGUGUUUUUUUUGCUUUCAUUCGGACGCAAAAUUCCGCGAUUUCGGCGCCAAAACUACGGUAGCUGGUCUUGACACGACAAUUUUUUGUUAAAUGUGAAUAGGUGUGCGCCUUUAGAGAGUACUGUAACUUCAAACUUUUGUUGCUACGGAACUUUUAUCGAUUUUUCGAUUAAAAGAAAUUUAUAUAUUGAAAAAAUAAAUUUUUUCUGAAUUUUUCUCACGAUUUGUUAAGUUUUUCAAUAAAUAAAUAUAGUUUUUUUUCGAAAAAUCUAUGAAAAUUUCGCAAAAAAUACAAUUAUUUAUUGAAAAAAAAAUCUAAAUUUGAAAAAUUGCGAAAAUUCGGCAUUUUUCAUAAUUUAUUUCCUCGAUUUGUUAAAAUUUGAGUUUUUUUUAAAUAAAUGAAUAAAUAUGUAAACAUCGAAAAAUCUAUGAAAAUUUGGCAGCUCAAAAUUACAGUACUCUUUUAAGGCGCACACAUUUUUGCAUUUAUCAAAAAAUGUUUCGUGUCGAGACCAGACACCGGGGGAAAAUCGCAAAAUUUCGCGUCUGAGUAAUAUUAAAUUGUACAAAAACCAAAGACAAAAUGAAACGUAUGAGAUUCAUAGAAUUAAA